UCCGUCAGCUGUGCGGAAAUACGAGUAUCUCCAGUGGAGUCCAUACUCGAUGGUAGGCUUGAUGGGUAUUGCAAGUGUGCUUGGACUGGUUUCUUGCGGGAGGCACCCUCAAAUAAGAAAAGUGACGCUGCUGCUCUUUUGAAAGAAAAGGACGAGAUUAUCACUCAGGUCAUGGCUGAAGGCGAAGAGCUAUCGAAAAAACAAGCUGCUCAAGAAGCUACUAUACGAAAACUGAGAGCACAGAUUCGUGAGUUUGAAGAAGAAAAGCAACGGCUGAACUCAAAGAUCCAGGUUGAGGAGACAAAGGUUGAGAGUAUUAAAAGAGAUAAGGCGGCAACAGAGAAGUUGCUACAAGAAACAAUCGAAAGAAAUCAAACUGAACUUGCAGCUCAGAAGGAGUUCUACACAAAUGCUCUUAAUACAGCAAAAGAGGCCGAAGCAUUAGCUGAAUCAAGAGUCAACACAGAAGCCAAAGUUUAG